AUGACAUCUACAUACAUAAAUGAAAUUCGAAAAAAGCAGAAAGAAUAUUUAAGUUAUUUAUUCGGUAAAUUUGAAAAAUAUUCAAAUGAAAAGGUUAUAACUAAUUUAAUAAACAAAUCGUUAAAUGAAAUUUCUCUGCACCCCUUUCAAGAUGUUAACAAUAAUGAAGUUAUAGAUGAUAUCAAUGGAUUUAUUAACGAGUUAACAAUUAAUGCUGAGUAUAAGAAGAAAAAAAUAUUUAAACACUUAUGUGAAAUAUUUCUUAAUGAUAAAUUUUAUAUAUAUGAUGAAAAAGACAGAUAUGAAUUAAAAUUCGUCAUUUUAAAAUUACUCUUUUUAAUUAGUGAAAGUAGAACAAUUGAUAAUACGAAACAUAUUGACUACUUGUAUGAUAAAUAUUUUUUAAUUAAGGAAGAAAAUGUUCCUGUGGUUUUGAAUAUCAAUGAGAAGAAUGCUUUAGAUGACAUAAACAUCUUUAACAUUCAAGAGGAAUCAAAAUAUCUUAAGGAGUUAUAUGACACGGAUGAUGAAAUUAUCACAUUAUCAACCAUAUCAUGCGAAGAGGAUAUACAAAAUGAUGAAGAUGAAAAAAAUAAAUCACAACAUUAUGACCUUUUAAGUGAUACAAAUAAUCAGCUGGAUAAUUAUAAGACCCAAACAAAAUGUGAUAGUGACACAAAAAAUAAUUACAGUCGUUUUUAUGAAAAGGAAUACACACAAUAUGUUGACAAUUAUAUGAAAAGUAAAAAUGAUUUAACAUAUGAAAAUGUUAUUAAAAACAUAUCACAAUGUGUUUAUGAAUAUCCUUAUAAUGAAGAUGUGGGGUAUGAAUGGAAAAGUUUUAAUGAAAGUUCAUCACUCCAGAAUAGGAAAUCUAUCCAAAGUCUGGACAGUUUUUCUUCCUAUGAACGUUACAAUAAAUAUAGGGAAAAUGAAAAUGCGUGUCAAGGGAGAAGUAAGAAAAAUUCUUCACGCAAUCAUAUACAUCGCCGAAUGAGAAACCACAGUUCCAGUGCCACAUCUGAUGAAGAUAUACUUAUAAGCUUGAAAAAAAGACAAAACAAAAGUAAAUAUGAACCGUACUCCCGUAAAUACAAAGAAGAACAUUACUUUUUUAAUAACAUAAAUCUGUUCGAUGAGGAACAUUAUGGCACUGAUGACAAGGACAGGAACAUUAUAUACGAAACUGAUAUUUACAAUUUGCAUAACGUAUUCUUUAGUGACACGAGGCACGAAGAUCAUGCAUGGGAAUCAUGGGAAGCCGGUUCAGGUGAUAAUAACUAUGGAAUGACAAACACUCUACUGGAGGGAGAAGUAAGAGAUAGGACAAGCCAACGACGUGAUGACACAAGUGAAGAUAAUCCACUCGGUCAUCGUUCUAUCAUUCUAGGGGACCUAGCCCUACAGGGAUACAGAUUCAACGAGCAAGUUAAGGCUACUAGUAGUAAUUCCCAGAAGUGUAGGAAUAUCAUCAUUGUUGAUAAGGAGAAUAACAAGGGAAAAUUUUUAGACGAAAAACAAACCAUCAAUGAAAGAAAAAUGAAAAGGAAAAACACAUUUUAUGUAAGCGAAAUAUUUAUAAUAAAAGAAAUUCUAAUGAUGUUGUCAUUAAAUUGUCCUAUAAAAUUUAAGGAAGAUUAUUUUACAAAAUUUUCUGAUUUCUUAUUUAAUAAGGCAAUGGAUAAGAAAAAAAUAAAAGAGGAUUUUUUAUUUUAUAUACAUAUAGAAAAAUACGAAAAAAAUGAAAGUGUUAUAAAGUAUCGUGCAGUCAUUAAAAACAUGAUGAAUAUUAAAUUGUAUAAUAUAAGAAGAAGAAUUUUUAAAAACUAUGUAAAAAAAAUAAAAAAAGUUAGUAUCAAGUUGUUUUAUUUGAACAUUUUUUUUUUUCUUGUGGAUAAAUUUCGAUAUUUUUUUUUUCUUUUACCACAUAACUUAAAUGAUAUUAUUAAUCACAUCAUAUAUAUACGAGAAAACAUUUCCAAUGAUGAAGGGAAGAACAAUAUAUUUUUACUCUUUCAACAUAUUAAUUUGAAUGACAACAAAAGUAGGCGUAGUAAUAGAAACUUAUAUUAUCCAGGAAAUUUCCUUGAAUGUUUCAUUGACUCACUAAAAUGCAUAUAUUCCGAAUGGACUUGCAUAAUAGAUAUUUUAUAUAAUUAUCACACUCUGUUAGUAAUGAGACAAUACAAUAUUGCACCUGUUACGGAUGAAAAAAUUUGGGAAUUUUUGAAUAGAAUGGGUACAAUACGUGUUAUAGAUUAUUUAAGGGUUGACCAUUUUGUGAAUUGGAAAAACAAGAAAAGGAAGAAAUACCAACGUGAGGAGUUUACGCCUGAGGAGUUAGAGGAGGAGGAGAAGAAGAAGAAGAAGAAAAAGAAGAAUGAGAUGAAUUCGGACCCAGAUAAGGAAAGAAAAAAAAGUAAACAUUUUAGUACAAGUAGAAAACAUAGAAGCAUAAAACAUGGAAGAAAUAGAUGGCAUAACGCAAGGGAGAUAUUUGAUGAACAAAACUUAUUUAGUUUUAGAUCGCUCAGUCUGAUCCAUUUACAUGUUAUAGUAAAUAAGUACCUUUAUGUAUGGAAUAAUCUGUAUGAUUUUGUGAACUUUAUGUUAUCCUACCUAUUGUACAAUAUCAGUAUUAGGGAUUACGCAUAUUUUAAUGUGAAUUAUGACAAUGCAAAAAAAUUCAGCGUAUUCUACGAUAUGACAGUACUAUAUUGGAGGAACUGUCAAAUUAUGAAUAAUAAAUCGUUGGAAAAAAUUUUUCGUUUUCUUCUAAACGGUUUGAAUGUAUAUUAUUCUAAACAUAUAAGCAACUGGAUUAAAAUGGGAAAAAUUGAUGAUAAGUUUAAUGAAUUUUUUGUCUAUUCAAAAGAAAAUAUUGAUGAUGAGCCAUUCAGAAAUCAAACGCUUCUUAUAAAAAAACAAAGUGAAUUUGUCAUAUGUCCUGAAUUUUUUAAUUCCUUUGUUUUUUCCUUAAUAAGCCUUGGAAACAACAUACGAUUGUUUAUGAAAAUUUGUAAUGAGAAGGACAUAGAUUACAUCGAUUAUUAUUUAAGGUGUGCAGAACAACAAAGUUGUCUGAAUCGUUCCAUGGAUAAGGAAAUAAUCCGCAGUUUUGUAUGUGACAAGAAAUUGGGAAAUGAAAAUUAUCACACGGAUCUGGAUUAUCGUUAUAAUAAUAUUCACAAUGGUAACAACCCUGAUGAUGGUAAUGUUGACGAGUUCGAUGAGUACGAUGAUGCUGAUUCGUGUGAUGAAGUCCAUUUUACACCAGAGCUUCCAAAUAUUUCCAAACGUCUACACGAAAACACUCUAAACUACUAUUACAAUAUUGAGAACUUGAAACAUAUUCAAAAUAACUCACUAGAUAUCAUACCCAAAAUUUUGGAAACGUGCCGAAAUAAAGAAAAUCGGUUACCCUACUUUAACAAAUGUAUCAUGUCAUUAAAUGUAUCAUACGAUUUAUACGUUAAAAAAUUUCUACAGGAACAAUUUUUUCAUUGUUUUCUCAAAAGUAAUCGUAUUUUUUUACACAGUUUAAUGAAAUAUGCAUAUCUCUUAGAAUAUUUUUGCUGUUUGCGUAGUUUAGUAUUUCUGGAAAUAAGUGAUUUUAUAUCCCCUUUUUUUGAGCUUAUUUUUAAAGAAACUUCAAUACCUAUUAUAGACGAAAGAAACAUUAACACGACAUUUAGACAAUGCAUUGUUCAUAACUCAAAUCAGCUACAUCGUAGUAGUAUAAACGUAAAAGAAGGUAGUUGUUAUUCUUGUUCCUCAUUUUUGCACAAGCGGUUUGUAUUACUCCAUAUGAAAAUUUUGUUGGCUAAGGAUUCCCAUUAUAAGAAAGAAAAAAAGAAAAAUUUACAUCAAGGAAAGAAGACGGGUGAUUUUAUGCAUAAGCAAUGGGAUGAUUCUUACUGGCCAAACUGCAUGGUUUGUUCGAGGGAAGAGAAUGGCUUAUCAAGCGUUAGUGACGGACAAAAAAAGAAUUCCAUCAGCUUUGUUUCAACCUCGCGUAAUCGAAAUGACCAAAGGGACGACCACUUGCUGAACGGAAGAAUGGAUAAUGCAAUUGGAGGAGAGGCAAGAUUGAGUAAUUACAUCAAUGAUAUAAGGAAGGGACAACAAACAAAGGAACAGGUGACCUUAGUUCAAAGGGAAAAUACUAGUAGAAAUCAAGAUUCGCAAUAUAUUAGGGAAUAUUCUAUAUACCAAGAGUUGAUAAAAAAUUUUUACAAGGAAGAAAUAAUAACGAAUAUUUUGAAGAGAUUCCAUUUCACACUAAGGGAAAAUAAAUUAUAUAAUAACAACAUCAAUGUUAUAAGUUAUAGAAAUUUAAUCAUAGAGACAAGGAGUGGUGGAACAUGUUUUGUGGACUUUUUAUUUGAUUCAAAAUGUUUAGAAAAAUAUUCGACGAUAUUUUCUUACUUUUUAGAAAUUAAAAAAUCAUUGCACAUAUUAAAUUUAGUGCAUAUAUUUUAUAAGUACUUGAAAAUAAAAAAAGUACAACAUUAUGAGCAAGCACAUGUAAUCAUUAUCUCUUUAUGUAUUUUAAAGUAUAAAAUAUUUUUUUUUUUAAACACAUUAUAUACCUACUAUCAGUGGAUUUUGAAUUUUUCGUGGAAUCAUUUUAUUAUCACUUUGUUAAAAUCAAAGUCAUUGUACCAAAUAAAACAUAGUCAUCAGUUGUAUAUAAAUUUUUUAAUCGAAACAAUGUUAAUACCCAUACGCACUAGACAUGAAGAAUUGCACAAUUUUUAUAUAAUUAAUGAAUACAGAAAAAAUAAUGCUCUUUUUGAGGAAUAUGAGAGAAAAUUUUUUAAUCACGCAAUAAAUAAAAAUAAGGAACACAAUUUAAAGACACCUCCUUUUCAACAAAAAACAUGGGAUAACAAUAUUUCCAUAUUACACCAAACUGACGAUUACAAUUUUGGUCCUACCCCACGGAGGGAUGACUUGAAUGUGGGAAUAAGUAGAGUUUCCUAUGGUGGAGAUAAUAUCAGUCCCCCUGAUGCUGACAUAUACCUAGGACAAAUAAAACGGAACGUUGAUACGAGUACAAAUGAGGAUAUAAAUGUCGUCAAAUCCAAUUCCACAUUUCAGAGUUCAUUUAAUAAGCAAUUCUUACUCAAUGAAUUAUUUUCUAACAAUCUUUUAAAUAUGUUAUUUAUACCUUCUCAAAUAUAUGAAAUUCUUCUAAAAUUGAGCAAAUUAUUUAACAUCAAUUUUGAUUUAAACUUUGACAACUCGUAUGACAUGACUUUUUUUCAGAGUGAGAAGGAGACGUUAGAUGAGGUACAUGACUAUGAAGAACAACAACAACGACAGGAUGAGGACGACGAAAAAGAAAUAAUGAAUGUAAAGAAUGGAAUAAUAAACUCAAAUAACACAAUUGCAGCAGGAGAAAUCGAAAAAAAUAUUAAAUAUGGAAAAAGAGAUAGUGAUGAGAAUAACCCUUCAGAUAGAGAACAUAUUUUAUUUUCCAUAAAUAAUCACAUAAAAACUCUUUCAAAAAUAUUUGAUAUUCAUUACCUAGAGUUUAUGAUCAAAUUAAACAUUAUUUCUUUGAAUGUUAACGAAAAUAGUUUUUUUGGCCCAAAUAAGGACUCUAGACUUUUUAACCAUGUUUUAAGGUUGGACAAAACUAUCUUGAAAAAAAUAACUAGUCUUCAGUAUAUGCUGUCUUUUCAUUCAGUAGGUAGGAACCAAACGGGUACUACACAUAUGCAGUUAUGA